AUGACUUUGUCAGCAGCGGCAAAGUCUCCCCCCAGGGCCUGUUUUCUCUUCACUCCUUCCUUUUUUAUAUUGUUUUCUCUUCACUCCUUCCUUUCUUUUUAUUUUCUUUUCAAUUAUUUACUUCCUUUCCAGUUUUAUAAAUUCUGUUCUUUCUUUCCUUUCUUUUCUUUUUUUCAAGUUUUUUUUCAAUUCUUUCUUUCCUUUUCAGUUUUAUGUACAAUCUGUUCUAUCAGUUUUCGCAUCAGUUCUUUCUUUUCUAUUUUGAUAUUGUGUCUUUACUAUCUUUUACAGUUUUCUAUAAUAGAGUUUCUUUUUUCACUUUUAUUUCCCUCAUUUUUAAUUUUCUCUUCAAUCCUUUCUUUAUUUGCAGUUUUCUCUUCAAUCUUUUUUUCCAGUUUUCUUUUCAAUACUUUCUUUCUUUCUUUCCAGUUUUCUCUUCAAUACUUUUCUUUCCAGUUUUUAUACGAUCCUUUCUUUCUUUCCAGUUUUCUCUUCAAUCCUUUUUCUUUCCGUUUUUUUUCUACGAUCCUUUCUUCUUUCCAGUUUUCUCUUCAAUCAUUUCUUUCCAGUUUUGUCUUUAAUCCUUUCUUUCUUCCCAGUUUUCUCUUCAAUACUUUUCUUUCCAGUUUUUAUAUGACCCUUUCUUCCUUUCCAGUUUUCUCUUCAAUCCCUUCUUUUUUCCGGUUUUCUCUUCAAUCCUUUUUCUUUCCGUUUUUUUCUACGAUCCUUUCUUCUUUUAUAUUCAAUCCUUUCUUUCUUUCCAGUUUUCUCUUGAGUUCUUUCUUUCCUUUCCAGAUUUCUCUUCAAUUCUUUUCUUUCCAGUUUUCUCUUCAAUCCUUUCUUUCUAGUUUUGUCUUUAAUCCUUUCUUUCUUCUCAGUUUUCUUUUCAAUACCUUUUAUUUCCAGUUUUUAUACGAUCUUUUCUUUCUUACCAGUUUUCUCUUUAAUCCUUUCUUUCUAUGCAGUUUUCUCUUCAAUUCUUUUUAUUUCCAGCGUUCUCUUCAAUCCUUUCUUUCUUUUCAGUUUCCUUUUCAGUUCUUUCCUUUCCAGUUUUCUCUUCAAUCCUUUCUUUCUUUUCAGUUUCCUUUUCAGUUCUUUCCUUUCCAGUUUUCUCUUCAAUCCUUUCUUUUUUUCAGUUUCCUUUUCAGUUCUUUCCUUUCCAGUUUUCUCUUCAAUCCUUUCUUUCUUUUCAGUUUCCUUUUCAGUUCUUUCCUUUCCAGUUUUCUCUUCAAUCCUUUCUUUCUUUUAAGUUUCCUUUUCAAUUCUUUCCUUUCCAGUUUUCUCUUCAUUCCUUUCUUUCUUUCUCUUCAUUUUCUCUUCAAUCAUUUCUUUCCUUUCAAGUUUUCUCCUCAGCUUUUUCUUUCCUUUUUCCGUUUUCCAUUUAAUCACUUUCUUUCUGUUCUAGCUCUUCUUUCCUUUUCAGUUUUUUUUCUACAAUCCUUUCUUUCUUUCUUUCUUUCCAGUUUUCGAAUAAGUCCUUUCUUUCUUUUCGAAUUUUAUAUUCUACUAGCAUUUUCUAUUAUACAGUUUCUUUUUUUUCCCAGCCACAUAUCUAUUUCUUCUUUAACUUUUCGGACAAAAAUCAUUUUUUUCUUUCUAUUAUUGCUUCCCAAUUUGUUCUUUCAUUUCCUUCUUCGAUUUUCCCCCAACUUUCAUCAUCUACCUACAGCCCACCCACACGGUUGUCCCAAAACGAUGUUUGCCACGCUUCACUCCUUCCACAAUCGCAAAUCUCCCUAA